CAGCACUUAAAUGCAGAAAGGUCUUACAAGUCCCAGAUUUCUACAUUACAUAAGUCUAUUGUAAAGAUGGAAGAGGAGCUUCAGAAGGUUCAAUUUGAAAAAGUGUCUGCCCUUGCAGAUUUGUCUUCUACAAGGGAACUCUGUAUUAAACUUGAUUCAAGCAAAGAACUUCUGAACAGACAGCUGGUUGCUAAAGAUCAAGAAAUAGAAAUGAUGGAGAAUGAGUUAGAUUCUGCUCGUUCUGAAAUAGAACUCCUGAGGAGUCAGAUGACAAAUGAAAGAAUCUCCAUGCAGAAUCUAGAAGCUUUGCUGGUGGCCAAUAGAGACAAAGAAUAUCAGUCUCAGAUAGCACUUCAAGAAAAAGAAUCUGAAAUUCAGCUUCUUAAAGAACACCUUUGUUUGGCGGAAAAUAAAAUGGCCGUCCAGAGUAGAGAUGUGGCUCAGUUCAGAAAUGUCGUCACACAAUUGGAAGCUGAUUUAGAUAUUACCAAAAGACAACUAGGGACAGAGCGUUUUGAAAGGAAUCUUUGCUAUAGAGAUUUUUGACACAUGAAAAGAUUCUUCACAUCCUUGGGAAAGGUCAAAGUUACAAACUGAUUUUUUUUUGCUACAUGAUUGCAUUUAUCUUUUGAAUGCUUGCCAAUGUUAAAUGUAUUUAUUAACGGUGUGCCUCUGAAUCUCUGUUCUUAUGUGCCAUAUCACAGUGAUCUGAGAUGACUUAUUGAAACAAAAAUGCAUAUGGCCUUUUCUAUCCACACAGUAAUAGUGAGUGUAAAAUCUGCUUACUUCACUAUUGAACACUGUUAUGUUAACUAUCCAGAGUAAAUAAAAAAAGCUUAUAAAAAGAGGGAAUAGUGUUUUUACAAAACUGAUUUUCUUUUCUUUCUUGGUGUCUCAAAUAAUUGGCUGGUUAAAAUUUUUUCUUUGUUAGUUAUGCUUUCAUGGCUGGAUAAGCUGUGACAAAAUGGGCACAGUUUACUGAUACUGGCCUGGGACCCAAUAUUCCACUUUGGAACAAACCUGACAUAAUUUCCAUGCCAUAUUCUGAUUUCAAAGGAGCAGAAAGUAGAAGUUUGUCAGGGUUUUAAAGUCCUUAGUAUUGUACCACUCAAAGACUCAUUAACAUACAUUUCCUACAAUUGUGUUUACUCCUACUGUUUUUAGAAAGGUAGGUGAUUAUAUAUCUGUCAAGAAUGUAAGAUUUUUUUAAAAUCUGUAUUUUUAAUAAGUUUUUUAAAACAUUAAAGAACUGCAAUAAACUUAAUUGCCAUUUUAUUUUAUUUUAUUGCCUGUGGCAGCUGUCUGUAAUCUAGAGUAAAAAAUUGAGUGAUGUUCCCCCCAUCUCCUAAAUCUCUUACCUUAUUUAUCCAUAGGCUUUGAUUUAAUAUUGAUAUUAGAGGCUGACUGCUACUGUAUUUUGCUGAUAUAAGCUAUUUGUAUUUUUACCAUUUUAAUAAAAAAAUACUGUCAAUAUAGUAUUCA